CCGAAAACCCUAAUCCUUUCCCAUUCCUCCCGAUCGAACGGGAACGCUAAAUCUCAGACGCCCGUCGCUGCCUCCGCCCAUCCCAACCUCAUCCUUUGCUGAAGAAGAACAAAGAUGUUCUACUCUCACUCGUUGCUGGCGAAGAAGAGUCCUCUUGGAAUGGUGUGGAUUGCUGCCCACCUACAGAAGAUGAAGAAGACUCAGGUUGACGGGGUCGACAUCCGGUCUUCUGCAGAGGAGAUUAUGUAUCCACGAGCUCCAAUUGCUCUGAGACUGUCAGGGCAUCUUCUGGUUGGCCUUGUCAGAAUAUACUCGUGGAAGGUGAAUUAUUUGUUCCAGGACUGUAACAGAAUGUUGACUAAUAUAAGGGUGACCGUUGCUUCGAUACAAGUCAAUUUACCAGCAAAUGCAGAUAAAGCUCCAUUUGAGUCUAUAACAUUACCUGAGACAUUUGACCUUGAUGCAUUGGAGUUGGAUGAUUCAAUCAAUCCUACUGAUGGCCUAGACAAUCACCAAAAAGAUUAUGAGCAAAUAACUUUGGCAGGUGAAGCUUCAGUAGGGCAAGAUCAAUAUGUAGCUUUCUUCAUUGAUAAGGAUAACAGCACAAACUCAUCAAUACAGCCAGAAAUUAGAAAUGAUGCUGAGCCCAUGGAAGAAGAUGUAUUGCCGCCAUUUGAUGGUGGUCUGGAUGCUAUUGUCAGCCCAGCUCUAAAUUCUGCAUCUUUUGAUGGCCCUGUUUCAAAUAAUCACGGCAAUGAUUCUUUUCAAACUUUUGAUGUGAACAAUAAUAUUCAAGAAUUUCAAGAAAUUGAGGUUAUGCGUCAAAAUAACUUGGAGCCUGAGAACCAGUUAGAGUUGGAUAAUACUAGUAAUGGUGUUGAAUUACAUGAUCAUUCUACAUCAGUAGCAAAGAGAAAGCAUAGUCUUGAUCCAAUACUUGAAGAUAUUUUGGUUUCUGGAGAGGAACCUUUGCCUUCAACAUCUCAUGCCAAAUCACCAAUGUCUACAUUUGAUUCCAACAUUGCUAACAGGGAGAUAUCUUCUGGUCAAGUCUUGCCUUACUUGGAGCUGGAGCUUCAACCUUCACCUCCUGUCAGAGAACUCAAACGAAAGAGAAGAAUGAAAAUACAUUCAUAUGAUGAGAAAAUUGUAUUGGCAAAUGCGGAUAUGAAAAAACAACUUGAAGACACUACUAAAUUUGUUUGCAAGAGGAGGAAGCUUCCAUGUUCAGCGCUAUAUCUUUAUAAGUACCAUAGUAACCGCCUCAAUGAUAAAGUAUUACAUGAACCAUUGUUAUCCGGGAUGUGUAGUUAUCUCCAGGAGGUUUUUUCUAGAUCCUUUCCUCUUCACAGCAACAAUUCUAGCCAUAUGGAAGUUUCAUCAGAGCUUGCAAAUGAAUUAUCUCAUGUUACCUCAAAGGAUCUGCAAAAAGAGCCUGAGCAACAAAAUAAUUUGGAUGGGGAGAUUGAGCGACAUUGUGACAGAAAUAUGGAACCAGAACAACAGGACAAGAUGAAUGCAAUACCUGAGAAUUCUCGAUUUGAUAUGCAUACUGAUAUUGAACCAGAACAACAGGUUGAGUUGAAUCUAAUACCUGAGAAUCCUCGAUUUGAUAUGCAUACUGGAGCAACUAUAAAUGAAACAAUACAAUCACCCUAUGGAGGAGUAGAUAUGACUCCCUUUAACACCACAAUAGAAGGUUCAACUCGUGACUUUGAUAAGACUUUUGAUACAGAGAUAUUGCCCACAGUUGAAAGUUUUGCUAGGACUGAAGCAACUAGUUAUGCAACUGGUGCUAGUUUAUUCUCUUUGGAGGAGGAACCACUUCAAAAUAGCAUGCCCACAAUUCCAAGUGUGUUGCUAUCUGGAGAGGAAGAUUUUGAUUUUCUUGAUGCAAGUAUCCAAUCAUCAGGUUAUAAAGAAAAUGAAGCUGGAACUUUAUCGGCGCGGACUAGGGCUGUGGCACAAUUUCUUAAAAAUCAAUCACCAUCUCAGAGUCAAGAUAAAGAACAUGGAGUUUUAAGUUUAAAUGAUAUCUUAGAAGGAAAAACAAGAAGACGAUGCGCGCAAAUGUUCUUUGAAAGUUUGGUUUUAAAGACUUAUGGGUUCGUAGAUGUACAACAAGAAGAGGCAUAUGGCGAUAUUGUCAUUUCUCCAACACCUGCACUUUUUGCUACCAAGUUUUGAGGCAAUAUCUUCGAUGCCAACUUAUCUGUAUAUAGAGGUUAAAACUCUACCCAGCCUGAUACUAAACUAUUACUUUCAACAUUUGUGCUAUCCAUUUUUUGGUCUUGUUCUCUGCUUCUGGUCGUUCAGUGUACUGUAUGUCGACGGUAUUCUUGGAAGGGAUGAAGGGGAUACCUCUAAGAAGGAUAUCUAUUGGGUUAUAAAGGAACUACUUGUUACAUGAUGUGUUCUCAAAAUAUGGAAGGGCAUGCUUGUUGAUAUUCUGAUACUUGUAUAUGUAAUUCAAUGCCCUAAUGCUCUAAGUUCGUUGUAUUCAUAGUUAUAACCAGAUGAUCAACAAGAUGAUCAAAGUAAGUU